AUGUGGAGGCGAUCGUUAAAGAGUGGCUUACUGUCGCUGAUGGCUUUCGUUGAACGAUCCACAAUCAUCAGAUUCGCUUCUAAUAUCGGCGAUCGAUUGAAGAAGUUGAACGAAAGCAAACAAUUCCAACGGACACUUCAACUGUUUCAUCAACAUCAAAAAAACAAUAAUGAAAUUCUGUCCAGUUUAACGAUCACACAAGCUCUGAAGGCGUGUACUCAUCUAAAAGAUAUUCAACGUGGCAAAGCGAUUCAUGAUCUUGUUUCAUCACGCACCAAAGAUGAUCAUUACAUAGUGACAUCACUCAUCCAUAUGUACAUGCAAUGCGGUGAUAUUCGAAGUGCUGAAACAUUAUUUGAUAACACGAAAACAAAAGUUCCAUCUAUGUACGGUGCGAUGAUGAAAGGAUAUCUGACAAACAACGAAGCACAGAAAGCAUUCGAAGUUUUUCAUCAAAUCAAAACACCGAGUGAGGUGAAUCUCGUUGUAUUCUUCCAAGUUUGUGCCAAUCUGAAGACCCAACAAGCAUUGGACGCGUUGAAAAAGGUGUUACUAAAAGAGGAAAACUCUUUCCAGUCCAAUUAUCGUCUUGCAACAUCAUCAGUAAAUGCAUUGGUGGAAUGUGGAGAUGUUGCACGUGCGGAGAAGAUAUUCGACAAAAUAAAAGGAAAGCAACUUCCUAUCUACGGUGCAAUGAUGAAAGGUUACGUUGCGACUAAUCAAGCUGAAAAAGCGAUUGCUCUUUUCAAACAGAUCGAAGGUCCUAAUGAUAUCAUAGUCAAUCUUCUCCUCAAUGCGUGUGCGCAAUUAUGA